AUGGCCGACGCACCAAAGGAAAAGAUUAGCAGCCCAUCGCUGCCAGGCUUGGGCAAAGGCUUCAAAGAAGGCUCCCACGACGAGCAUCCUGUUGACCAGCAAGUCCCCGUCGCCCGCAUGGACGAUGAUGCACGGCCCGUCUGCCCGCCGAACACGACGGAGCGUAAGCUGCUCGCUCGAAUCGACCUCCACGUCAUGCCCUUUCUCUGCAUCAUGUACCUGUUGGCCUUUCUCGACCGCGUCAACAUCUCCAACGCCGACCUCUUCCACCUCUCGCACGAUCUCGGCCUCGACCCGGCGGGCACCAAGUUCAACACGGCCCUCGUCAUCUUCUUCGUCCCGUACUGCCUCUUCGAGAUCCCCUCCAACAUCCUGCUCAAAAAGUUCCGUCCCCACGUCUGGCUCUCGCUCAACAUGUUCCUCUUCGGCUUCACCACCAUGGUGCAGGGCCUCGUCUCCAGCUACGGCGGCCUCCUCACCACGCGCUUCUUCCUCGGCCUCUUCGAGACGGGCAUGUUCCCGGGCGCCUUCUACCUCAUCGGCAUGUGGUACCGCCGCCACGAGGCCCAGAAGCGCUACUCCUUCUUCUUCAACAGCACCACCCUCGCCGGCGCCUUCGGUGGCCUCCUGGCCGCCGCCAUCGGCAAGAUGGACGGCCUGCGCGGCUACAGCGGCUGGCGCUGGAUCUUCCUCAUCGAGGGCGGGCUCACCGUCUUUGUCAGCUUCUUCUUCUACUUCCUCCUGCCCGACUUUCCCGAAGAGUCCAAGUGGCUGUCCGACGACGAGAAGGCGUUUGUCGCCGCCCGUCUGCGCCUCGACCAGGGCGCCUCGGCCCGCGAGCGAAAAAUCACCCUCGGGGAUGUCGUCGACGUGUUCCGCGACUACAAGGUCAUCGUCGGAGGCUUCAUGUACCUCGGCCUCGUCGUCCCCGCCUACGGCUACGCCUACUUCUCACCCUUCAUCAUCAGCGGCUACGGCUACACGGCCAUCGAGACGCAGCUCCACAGCGUGCCGCCCUGGGCCGCCGCCUUUGCCUUUUCCAUGACGGUGGCCUUUUGCUCCGACAGGCUGAGGCACCGCUUCUCCUUUGCCCUCUUCGCCACCUGCUUCGCCAUCGCCGGCUUCUCCAUCCUCGUCGCCACGGGCGAGAACCGCAAUCUCCAGUACGCCGCCCUCUUCCUCGUCGCCAUGGGCGCCUACACGGCCAUGCCCAUCAUCGUCUGCUGGUUCAACAUGAACCUCGGAGGCCACCAUCGCCGUGCCGUCGGAAGCGCCUGGCAGGUCGGCUUCGGCAACCUCGGCGGCAUCGUCGCCGUCUUCAUCUACCGGAAGAGAGACAGGCCCCGGUUCGUCCCGGGUCUCGGCGUCUCGCUGGGCUUUACCGUCGUGUCCGUCGUCGCCUGCGUCGUCUACGGCUUGGCCUGCUGGAAAGCGAACCGAGACCGCCGCCGGAAAAGCGAUGCGGCGCGUGAGUUGACGGCGGAGGAGAAGACGGAUCUAGGUGACAUGUCUCCGGACUAUCGAUAUCUUCUGUAG